AAAAGCCGCUGCUCGUCUGAGCCGUUUUAGUCCCUCGAUUUAUAAAAAUAAAAACACGUUAUUGUGUCUGGCUCUGAGGAUUUAAAACCCUGAGCUGUGUGAGGACAUGAAAACCGAGACAUCCAUGGAUGGAGAGACCUCAGAAGCCUGUGUAAAGAAAGAGGAGACGCUGGAGCUGAAUAUCUACAACUAUGGAGACGAUCUCGACAACCCACCUGAAGGUCUCUCCGUUAAAGUGGAAGAUCCUGACGAUAAAGACUAUCUCUACUGUGAAGUUUGCAAAUCCUUCUUCCUCAACAAAUGCGAGGUUCAUGGACCACCCCUCUUCAUUCCCGAUACUCCUGUUCCCAUGGGAGUCCCUGACCGAGCCAGACAAACUCUUCCUCCUGGGCUAGAAAUCCAGAAGUCCAGUAUUCCUGAUGCAGGCCUGGGAGUGUUUAAUAAGGGGGAGACUGUUCCAGUAGGUGCACACUUCGGACCCUGCCAGGGAGAGCUGGUGAACCGAGAGGAAGCCAAGAACAGUGGAGACUCCUCGGUUGUAUACAGGAGCAUGCAGUGUGAAGAAUACAUCGAUGCCAAAAGAGAGACGCAUGUGAAUUGGAUGAGGUAUGUGAAUUGUGCCCGUAAUGAAGAAGAACAGAAUCUUGUGGCAUUUGAGUAUCAAGGGGGAAUUCUGUAUCGUUGCUGUCGAUCCAUUAACCCAGGACAGGAGCUCUUGGUGUGGUAUGAAGAGGAGUACACCAAAGAACUCAGUCCUGCACCUACAGGAACAACCAGACAGCAAGAAGUAAAGAACGCUCUGCUGCAAGUCUUUUCCUGCUCCACAUGCCCUUGUUCCGAUGCAUCUCAAAUUUACCUCGACAAACAUAUCCAGAGAUGCCACGAUGAAGAGGAUGCGAGACUGCGAGAAUCAGGAGAGAUUAAAUAUGAGCUUCAGAUCCCCUCCAAAUGCUCCAGUCGUCAGCCGACAUCAACUGAUAUCCAUUCUGAUACUUCCCAUAAUGAUAUACAGAAGGAAAUUCACCACUGCUCAGAUUGUGAAAAGAGUUUUAGUUAUCAGAAUGCACUCAAAACACAACAGCGCAUUCACACAGGAGAGAAGCCGUAUCACUGCUCACAGUGUGGAAAGAGUUUUACUGAACAGAGUGCUCUCCAACAACACCAGCGCAUUCACACAGGAGAGAAGCCGUAUCACUGCUCACAGUGUGGGAAGAGUUUUACUCAUCAGAGUACUCUCCGACGACACCAGCGCAUUCACACAGGAGAGGAGCCGUAUCACUGCUCACAGUGUGGAAAGAGUUUUACUGAACAGAGAACUCUCCAAAAACACCAGCGCAUUCACACAGGAGAGAAGCCAUAUCACUGCUCACAGUGUGGAAAGAGUUUUACUCAGCAGAGUAAUCUCCAAAAACACCAGCGCAUUCACACAGGAGAGAAGCCGUAUCACUGCUCACAGUGUGGGAAGAGUUUUACUCAUCAGAGUGCUCUCCAAACACACCAGUGCAUUCACACAGGAGAGAAGCCGUAUCACUGCUCACAGUGUGGGAAGAGUUUUACUCAUCAGAGUGCUCUCCAAAAACACCGGCGCAUUCACACAGGAGAGAAGCCGUAUCACUGCUCACAGUGUGGGAAGAGUUUUACUCAGCAGAGUGCUCUCCAAACACACCAGCGCAUUCACACAGGAGAGAAGCCAUAUCACUGCUCACAGUGUGGGAAGAGUUUUACUCAUCAGAGUGCUCUCCAAACACACCAGCGCAUUCACACAGGAGAGAAGCCAUAUCACUGCUCACAGUGUGGGAAGAGUUUUACUCAUCAGAGUGCUCUCCAAACACACCAGCACAUUCACACAGGAGAGAAGCCGUAUCACUGCUCACAGUGUGGGAAGAGUUUUACUCAGCAGAGUACUCUCCAACGACACCAGCGCAUUCACACAGGAGAGAAGCCUUAUCACUGCUCACAGUGUGGGAAGAGUUUUACUGAACAGAGUGCUCUCCAAAAACACCAGCGCAUUCACACAGGAGAGAAGCCAUAUCACUGCUCACAGUGUGGGAAGAGUUUUACUCAUCAGAGUGCUCUCCAAACACACCAGCGCAUUCACACAGGAGAGAAGCCUUAUCACUGCUCACAGUGUGGGAAGAGUUUUACUGAACAGAGUGCUCUCCAAAAACACCAGCGCAUUCACACAGGAGAGAAGCCGUAUCACUGCUCACAGUUUGGAAAGAGUUUUGCUCGUCAGAGUACUCUCCGACACCAGCGCAUUCACACAGGAGAGAAGCCGUAUCACUGCUCACAUUGUGGGAAGAGUUUUAUUGAACAGAGUGCUCUCCAAAUACACCAGCGCAUUCACACAGGAGAAAAGCCGUAUCACUGCUCACAGUGUGGGAAAAGUUUUACUCAGCAGAGUGCUCUCCAAACACACCAGUGCAUUCACACAGGAGAGAAGCCGUAUCACUGCUCACAGUGUGGGAAGAGUUUUACUCAGCAGAGUGCUCUCCAACGACACCAGCGCAUUCACACAGGAGAGAAGCCGUAUCACUGCUCACAGUGUGGGAAGAGUUUUACUCAGCAGAGUAAUCUCCAACGACACCAGCGCAUUCACACAGGAGAGAAGCUGUAUCACUGCUCACAGUGUGGAAAGAGUUUUACUCGUCAGAGUACUCUCCAACGACACCAGCGCAUUCACACAGGAGAGAAGCCGUAUCACUGCUCACAGUGUGGGAAGAGUUUUACUGAACAGAGUGCUCUCCAAAUACACCAGCGCAUUCACACAGGAGAGAAGCCAUAUCACUGCUCACAGUGUGGAAAGAGUUUUACUCAGCAGAGUAAUCUCCAAAAACACCAGCGCAUUCACACAGGAGAGAAGCCGUAUCACUGCUCACAGUGUGGGAAGAGUUUUACUCAUCAGAGUGCUCUCCAAACACACCAGUGCAUUCACACAGGAGAGAAGCCCUAUCACUGCACACAGUGUGGGAAGAGUUUUACUCAGCAGAGUAAUCUCCAAAAACACCAGCGCAUUCACACAGGAGAGAAGCCGUAUCACUGCUCACAGUGUGGGAAGAGUUUUACUCAUCAGAGUGCUCUCCAACGACACCAGCGCAUUCACGUAGGACAGAAGCCGUAUAACUGAUCAUGGUGUGGAAAGAUGUUUGCUUAUUUAGUUGCAUUUAAGACCUUCAGGUGCACUAACUGGGAGACAUUGCAUAAUUUAAAGUUGUCAAAUUAAAUAUGGUUAUUACAGUUUUGACUGAAAAUGACCUGUACUUUGAACUUUAUUCAUGUUACACUGGUCAGCAAUUUUUCAAAAGUUGUCUGCAUCAGCGAUGAAAUUGUCUAUUAUGAAAUUUGGUGUGUUGAAUUAGAAGUGACAGUUAAUCAGCUGAUUGGCUGUGGCUUCCAAGAUAUUUAAGAUUUUAGAUUUUAUACUUAUGUACAUUGUGUAGAUCGUAAUGUUUUAAGUAUAAAUUGUAAAACUAGGUCUCGUGUGUUUAUGGUUGGUUUACAUGAUAUUUCACCUGUUCUCUUUAUGUAAC